AAUAAGUACUUGAUACAAUGUUUUAGUGUUGCUGUAGGUUUAUUAGAAUUCCAAAAGACGGCGCUAGGAUCCAGCGUCCCGAGCUCUGAUUUCCCUCCCGACCGUGCAGCUCGAUCCAUUCUAAACGGUCCGCCAGAACCCUCACACGCAUGCCGCUACUUCCUGGAUGGAAGAAUGGAACGCUUCCAGCGCUGCCCUUGCCUUUGCAACAUUCUCUCUACAAUCAAUCUAAGUGACCGCUGAAAGGACGAACACAUACAAUCAGUAUUAUUCGAACACUUUCUCUUCAAGUUUACGAAAUUGAGUCGGACUCGUUUACUUUUCCUCUAGGAUUGACUUUUUUCUCUGUGAAAAGAAAGCCUGUCUGCAUGUGGCGGACCAUCACAACUAUUUAUCUGCGGUCCGCAUCCAUAGAUAUUCUUCGAAACAUAUGCUGAAUUUGUUUCAAUUGAAUUACCAUCAAACUAAAUUCAAUUUGGGGUUGCAGUUGUGUUCAAAUCCUAUGUGGUUUACGUGUGUUUUCUGCAAUCAAGUUUAUGUAAUUUUGUAGACCUCAAACUUUGUCACCCGUUGCCUUCUGUUGCUCUCGAUGACUAUUCUGACAUGCGGCGAAUACUGGAAUCUAGCCACUGGUGGACCUUAUCCUUCAUGUUUUCAGCAUUGGCCAUGUUUACCCACUGCUAUCCUGCUCUACAGGGUGGCCAGUCGGGGCCAGUAGAAAAAGAGCAUCAUGGGAGCAUGGGGGGCAGGGUGAGGGAGAGGAGGGCGGCAGGAGGAGACUCCUACUGGGCUUAUUCAGGGACCCACGGGACUGGGGGCUGGGCCUCCUCCUACCCUGAGUGUGUGGAGAGGAACCAAUCACCAGUGGAUAUUUCAGACGAGGAUGCCCAGGUGUCUCAGGAGUACCAGGAGCUGACCCUCAAUGGGUUCAACGCUGAGUCGUCCAACAAGACCUCCAUGAAGAACACAGGGAAGACAGUGGCUGUGCUGCUGAAGGAUGACUACUUUGUACGGGGGGCAGGACUGCCUGGACGCUUCAAGGCGGAGAAGAUUGAGUUCCAUUGGGGUCAGAGUAACGGAUCAGCAGGGUCAGAACACAGCAUCAACGACAGGAAGUUCCCUGUGGAGAUGCAGCUCUACCUGUACAAUUCUGAUGACUUUGACAGUCUCAGUGCGGCCAUCAAGGAGAAACGCAUGAUUGCUGCGCUGGCUGUGUUCUUUGAGGUGGGGCGGAGAGACAAUCCAUCUGUAGAGCCCAUCAUCCAGGGACUGAAACGGGUGGUACACCACGAGAAGGAGACAUUCCUGAGUCCAUUUAUCCUGAGGGAUCUGCUACCAUCAUCGUUGGGGAGUUACUACCGCUACACAGGCUCUCUCACCAGCCCGCCCUGCAGCAAGGUGGUCGAGUGGAUCGUCUUCUCCAGGCCCGUCUUACUCUCCCACUCACAGCUGGAUGCAUUCUACUCCAUCUUCACCACGGAGCAGCAGGACCAUGUGAAGUCAGUAGAGUACCUGAGAAACAACUACAGACCCCUCCAGGACCUGGACAACAGGCAGGUGUCGAAGUCCGCUGUUAAAGAUGCCUGGCAGAGGGAACUGACUGACAGCCUGGGACUAGGUACAGGUGUCAUCACAGACGCAUCCAGAGUCUGCAGCAGUGCCCCAGUCAACAUGAAGAUCCAGCCACUGAACGGCACUGCCCUGUUGGUGAGCUGGCAGCGCCCGCUAGUGGUCUACCACCCGCCUAUCACCAGCUUCAUGGUCUCCUACAGCUGGAUGAAGAGUGACGUGGCCUACGAGAAGACUGGGGACCAGAACAUGAAGGCGGUGAUAACCCACGUGUCUCCAGACAUCCUGUAUCUGUUCAGAGUCCAGGCGGUGUGCCAGAGAGACCUACGCAGUGACUUCAGCCAGACACUGCUCUUCAGAGCUAACACCACCAGGAUAUUUGAGGGAACACGGAUAGUGAAGACUGGAAUGCCCACCGUCUCCCCAGCCUCCUCGGCGGACAUGGCUCCUAUCAGCUCCGGCUCCUCCACCUGGACCUCCUCUGGCCUCCCCUUCUCCUUUGUCUCCAUGGCUACAGGGGGUAUCGGCCCAUCCUCCAGCAGCAGUCAAGCGACGGUGGCAUCGGUGGUGACCAGCACACUGUUGGCUGGCCUGGGCUUCAGCGGAGGGGUCAUCUCUUCCCUGCCAGGCUCUCUCUGGCCCACCCAGGCCCCUGCAGCCAGCCCUGUGUCUAAUCCUGGCCCGGGUCCCAUCCCCAGCCGCCAGCCUACCCAGUCCCAGGCCUCCACUGAGCUCCCUACAGCCCGUCAGGGUGGUUCUGACACAGACACCCCCACAGCGGAGGAGGAGGCAGGGAUGGACAGGGAGGCUGAGGGGGAGGAGGGAGAGGGAGAGAAGGAUGAAGGGGAAGACAACAGGAGGAAGAAGAAUAACAAGACAGUGCCUGAUGAGGUGGAGACAAAGAUGAACAGCACCGUGGUCAAAGUGCCCUCCUCCCAUGUCCCUACCCCCACAGCCAAAGAGAAAGGACAGGGGCAGGGAGAGCCUGUGGCUAACAGCACCACUGUGCCUCCCAGUGUAGGGGAGGACCAACUUUUCAGAGCGGACAGUAGCUCAGGGCCCACGGUGCAGCCAAAGAAGGACACAGCAGAGAGAGAGAUGCAGAUUCCCCAGAGCCCAACACGCUCCCCAAAGACUGGUGGGGAGAAGAGCCUUUGGCCUUUCUCUGUCCACACGGAUAGAACUAGUGUGUCCAACAUGACCCGCAGCUCUCACCCUGGGGGGGGCCGGAUGGAGUGGAUCGUCCCGCUGGUGGUGGUCUCAGCCCUCACCCUGCUCUGCCUCGUCAUGCUACUGGCUGUCCUGGUCUACUGGAGGAGGUUUUUCCAGACAGCUCACUUCUAUGUGGAGGACAGUAGUUCUCCCAGGGUGGUGGCCAAUGAGAACAUCCCUGUCAUCCCCAUCCCAGAUGACAUGGAUGCCAUCCCUGUCAGGCAGUUCAUCAAACACAUCAUGGAACUCUACUCCAACAACUUGCACGGGUUCUCUGAGGAGUUUGAGGAGGUUCAGCGUUGUACGGUGGACCUUAAGAUCACUGCAGAACAUUCCAAUCAUCCUGACAACAAGCACAAAAACAGAUACAUCAACAUCGUGGCCUACGAUCACAGUAGGGUGAAGUUACGACCCCUGGCUGGCAAGGAUGCUAAACACAGUGACUACAUGAACGCUAACUAUGUAGAUGGUUACAACCAUCCCAAGGCCUACAUCGCCGCCCAGGGCCCUCUCAAAUCCACCUUCGAGGACUUCUGGAGGAUGGUGUGGGAACAGAACACCGGUAUCAUCGUCAUGAUCACCAACCUGGUAGAGAAAGGAAGGAGAAAAUGUGACCAAUACUGGCCCACAGAGAGCAGUGAGGAGUAUGGCAACAUUGUGGUGACUCUAAAGAGUACUAAAGUUCACGCCUGUUACACACUGAGACAAUUCCUCAUACGGAACACCAAAGUCAAAAAGGGUCAGAAGGGCAACCCGAAGGGGCGUCAGAACGAGCGGAUGGUGAUCCAGUAUCACUACACCCAGUGGCCUGACAUGGGCGUUCCGGAAUACACCCUACCUGUCCUCACCUUUAUAGGGCGCUCCUCUGCAGCACGCGCACCUGGCAUGGGCCCUGUCCUAGUGCACUGCAGUGCUGGAGUCGGGAGGACGGGUACGUACAUCGUCCUCGACAGCAUGCUGCAGCAGAUCAAAGACAAAAGCACAGUCAACGUCUGGGGCUUUCUCAAACACAUCCGCACACAACGCAACUACCUGGUCCAGACAGAGGAGCAGUAUGUGUUCAUCCAUGAUGCCCUGAUGGAGGCCAUCCUGGGCAGUGAGACAGAGGUACCCGCCUGGCAGCUCCAUGGUUACGUCAACAGCAUCCUCACCCCCGGCCUGGGGGGCCGCACCCGCCUCGACAAGCAGUUCAGGCUGCUGACCCAGAGUAACGGCAGCUUCGUGGAGUGUUUCAGCGCCCAGAAAGACUGCAACAAGGAGAAGAACCGCAACUCCUCAGUAGUUCCAUCGGAACGAGCUCGCGUAGGACUGGCCCCUCUCCCUGGAAUGAAAGGCACAGACUAUAUCAAUGCCUCCUACAUAAUGGGUUACUACAGGAGUAAUGAGUUCAUCAUUACCCAGCAUCCUUUACCCCACACCACCACAGACUUCUGGAGAAUGAUCUGGGACCACAAUGCCCAAAUCAUCGUCAUGCUUGCAGACAACCAUGGUUUGGCUGAGGAUGAGUUUGUGUACUGGCCGAGCAGAGAGGAGGCAAUGAACUGCCUAGCUUUCACCGUCACCCUGAUCAGCAAGGACAGACUGUGUCUCUCCAACGAAGAACAGAUCAUCAUCCACGACUUCAUCUUGGAGGCGACGCAGGAUGACUAUGUCCUGGAGGUGAGACAUUUCCAGUGCCCUAAAUGGCCCAACCCCGAUGCCCCUCUCAGCGGUACCUUUGAGCUCAUCAACGUCAUCAAAGAGGAGGCUAUGACCCGAGACGGACCCACCAUUAUACACGAUGAAUUUGGGGCAGUGUCUGCAGGGACUCUGUGUGCCCUCACCACCUUGUCUCAGCAGUUGGAGAGUGAAGGGGCUGUGGAUGUCUAUCAGGUGGCUAAGAUGAUCAACCUCAUGAGGCCGGGAGUCUUCACAGACAUAGAGCAGUACCAGUACCUGUACAAGGCCAUGCUGAGCCUGGUGAGCAGCAGAGACAGUGGGAUCAGCCCCAUCUACAUGGACACUAAUGGAGUCGUGGUCAUCAUUGACCAAUCAGAUCCUGCUGAGAGCAUGGAGUCGCUGGUCUGACUGGUUACUGGUCUGACUGACCACACCAUCAUCCGAAGGCACUUAAUUUGUACAACUCUGAGGAACAAAGAGAACUUUGGCGGACUUUCCUUGAGGCCUUUUUAGCCAGAAAUAUUGGUUAAAUGAAUAACCUGAUUACCUUUUUUACACUGAUAUAAACUUUUUUGAUAUUUAUUUUUUUCUUCAUAAUUGUUUGUCUUAAUUGUUAUCCUGCUGAGAGUUGUUAACUGUUACAUUGUUUCACGCGAGGAAAAAGAAAGCGUCUCUGUCCAGUUUACACUACACUGUCGGUGUUACUGCCUAAAACCCUGUUAGAUAAUACAGUACCAUUAACGAGACCCUGGCUCCACUGUACUCUACACUCAUUGGAUCUCUUUGGAUUGUGGCAAAGAAGAGACUGUAGCUUCAAUGAAUGAAGAAUGAGGACCAAGGACAACCCUGAAGGUCAACAUGGUCCAGUCCAAUAGAUUUCUCAAUACAGAUUAUCAGAGUUCAGUGUAUGACAGUACAGCUCACUUAACAAGCAUUGCAACACAUCGGGUCAACUCUUCGGUUAGACUUUAUUGUCGUAUUCCGUCUGUAGAUGCUCUACAGAUUUAUCAGUAAGAUUUCAACUCUACUACUUACAGAUUGCCUUAUAGAAAUGUAAAGGUCAUUUCCGAAAUGCAGCGUUUACGUGAUUGCAGUCUCCGCUAACGCAGGAACAUUGCCUUUACAUUUCUAUCAAGUUGUAAUGCUGAAUUUCUGCGACACAGAUUGAAUAGAGCCCUUAAUUCCUACAUACUCUCCCUUAAUUCCUACAAAUGCAAUGAGUGAGAGUAGGAUAAUGUUAAAGAAAAAAGAUUAAUAUGAAAAUAUAAAGGUCUAUGAUGAUCACACAGCAUAGAUUAUAACUUCCAAGAAGAUUGGUCCUUGAAGUAAAUAUGUACAUGACCUUGAAAUAGCAAAUUACACGAAUGUUAUAAAUGAAAUAUGUAUAAAGCAUAAAGUUAAUAAUAAUAACAAUAAUAGUUACAGGCAAAAACUUUUUUUUGCUGCCAAUAACCAUUUCGUGACAAAUGAGCAUGUAGGCUGUGUUUACACAGGCAGUGCUAUUCUGAUAUUUGUUUCACUAAUUGGUCUUUCGACCAAUCAGAUCUGAAAAAGAUCUGAUGUAAAAGAAAUCUAGGAUUGGUCAAAAGAGUUAGGCGGCCUGUGUAAAUGCAGCCAUAGUAAGUCAGGACUUUUCUUCAAAUGUUGGAGAGUUGUGACUUCAUUUAACAAGAUACUCGUUGAGAGAGAAGAGCAAAAAAUAGGAACAAAUAGGAAAAUACAGCAUGUAUGUAUCAGUACAGGAUACAGUAUAGAUGGGUAAAGUAGAUGUAUGUAUCAGUACAGGGUACAGCUACAGGAUACAGUAUAGAUGGGUAAAGUAGAUGUAUGUAUCAGUACAGGAUACAGUAUAGAUGGGUAAAGUAGAUAUUGUGGUUUGGUGUAGGCGUUAGAUAAAAACAACCUAUUUUAGCCCAGUUAAAACAACAUGGAGCAGUAUGGACUGACACAUUGGACUGGGUUUUAGGAUAAAAGCUUCAUGUGACACUUGUUUACAUUUUGGGCAAACAACUUUGUUGCAAUUUUCAACCAUGUCUUUGGUUAUAAUGACAGUAAAACACUUCACCCUCCAGAUUAUGUUUAGACCAAGAACUCCAUUCAUAUGGUAAAAUGAAAGCCAUGUUUAAUAUGACGUAAACUCCGUUGUAAUGGAACAAUUGAUGCCAGACGAGUCACAUGUAGACCUGGGUUUAGAAACUAACUAGUAUAAUUUAUUAAAACAAAAUUGACAAUAUGGGUCUCAGUGUGUCCAAGCACCAAUCCACACAAGGCGAGAGGAGGAAUGACAGAGUAUACAAAACCAGUUGCUUAAUAUGAUCAAGUAUAUAGUCAUAUGGAUUACAAAACAAUAGAAAUCGUAAUAUAAAGCAAUGAAUGUUCACAGUAGUUGUUGUAAUACCACUUUAAAAAAAUCUAAGUAAUGGGUACAAUUUACAAAUAGAAUGGAGAUAUUUGGGUAAUAAAGGAAUAGUAUGUAUAAUCUCCAGAUUAUAAAUGCUCCUGGGAUAAGGUGUGUUUUACUGAAUAAGAAGCGUUGGGUAUACUUUAUUUGGAUAGUCCUGAUAGAGCAUCUACAGAUGGGCAUACCAUCAACAAACGAUCUGUUGAUAAGCAACUGCUUGCUAAGGUUACGGUCAGAGUCAGGUAUAGAAUAAGGUUUAGGGUAAGGGUUACAUUUAGGAUAAAGGUUAGGGCUAUAGAGCCCCAAGGCUCCAAAUAAACACGUAGACCGACAUCACAUUCCAGCACAAGUCCAUUACUGCAUCUAAAAUAGCACCCUAUUCUCUAUAUAGCGCCAUACUUUUGGGCUCCUGAGCAGCAUUCUAAGGCACUGCAUCUCAGUGCUAGAGGCGUCACUACAGACCCUGGUUCGAUUCCAGGCUGUAUCACAACCGGCCGUGAUUGGGAGUCCCGUAGGGGUUUUGAUCUUAGCUGACUUGCCUAGUUCAAUAGAGGUUAAAUUAAAUUAAAUACUUUUGGUGAAAAAGAGUGCACUAUAUAGGGAAUAAGGUACCAUGAUUAUUUUUUUGUUCUGUCUGGGUAAAGAAUGUUAUUACUCCCCUUUUGAAUAUCAGACCAAUUUGUGCUAUGGAUGGAAAACAUCCAGGGAGUCACUGAGUAAAGUUUGCUGACUCAAUCCAUCUAAGUUCAGCAUUCAUUCUAUUUUGUAAACUUGAAGAUAAAGAAAUGUUUUUUCCAUUUAUUAUAUUCUGUCAUUGUAUGAUUGUACCAUGGUGUUGCAUUACUAUGGUACUGUUAUAUGAUAUCAUGUUAUUGAAGUUUAAUAGUGCUAUUUAAUACGUAAAUUGUAUUGCUAUACAUUAAAUAAAGUAUUGGUUUUGAUGUACUUCAA